ACAAGUCUUUCCGCCUCCCCAGCCCGCCCGGGAGCUGCGAGCCGUGAGCUGGAUUAUGGUGGCCUGAGCAGCCAACGCAGCCGCAGGAGCCCGGAGUCCCUGCCCCUGUCCGCGCCGCCGCCCGCCGGGGGGACCCGGCAAGCCGCCGCCGGCCCGCCAUGCCCGCCCCUCCCAGCCCCGCCGGGAGCCCGCGCCCGCUGCCGAGGCUGGCGGCUGCCGUGCCGAUGUAGUGGGCUCCGGAUCCCAGCCUCUCCCCUUCUCCCGUGCUCUGCGGAUCUCUCCUACCCGCUCUCCACCGCCCGGACCCGGGGGUUGGCCCAGGGCCCUGCAGGCUCUGGCGUCCUGAUGCCCCCAAGCUCCCUCUCCUGAGAAGCCACCACCACCACCAGCACCACCCAGACUUGGGGACAGGCGCCAGGGACGGACGUGGAGCAGUGCGAGCCCAGAGGGCCCGAAGGCCGGGGCCCACGAUGGCUCAAGCCCUGCCCUGGCUCCUGCUGUGGAUGGGCGCGGGAGUGCUGCCUGCCCACGGCACCCAGCACGGCAUCCGGCUGCCCCUGCGCAGUGGCCUGGGGGGCGCCCCCCUGGGGCUGCGGCUGCCCCGGGAGACCGACGAGGAGCCCGAGGAGCCUGGCCGGAGGGGCAGCUUUGUGGAGAUGGUGGACAACCUGAGGGGCAAGUCGGGGCAGGGCUACUACGUGGAGAUGACCGUGGGCAGCCCCCCGCAGACGCUCAACAUCCUGGUGGACACAGGCAGCAGUAACUUUGCAGUGGGCGCUGCCCCCCACCCCUUCCUGCAUCGCUACUACCAAAGGCAGCUGUCCAGCACAUACCGGGACCUCCGGAAGGGUGUGUAUGUGCCCUACACCCAGGGCAAGUGGGAAGGGGAGCUGGGCACUGACCUGGUAAGCAUCCCCCAUGGCCCCAACGUCACUGUGCGGGCCAACAUUGCUGCCAUCACUGAAUCAGACAAGUUCUUCAUCAACGGCUCAAACUGGGAAGGCAUCCUGGGGCUGGCCUAUGCUGAAAUUGCCAGGCCUGACGACUCCCUGGAGCCUUUCUUCGACUCUCUGGUAAAGCAGACCCACGUUCCCAACCUCUUCUCCCUGCAGCUCUGUGGUGCUGGCUUCCCCCUCAACCAGUCUGAAGUGCUGGCCUCAGUUGGAGGGAGCAUGAUCAUUGGAGGUAUCGACCACUCACUGUACACAGGCAGUCUCUGGUAUACGCCCAUCCGGCGGGAGUGGUAUUAUGAGGUGAUCAUUGUGCGAGUGGAGAUCAAUGGACAGGAUCUGAAAAUGGACUGCAAGGAGUACAACUAUGACAAGAGCAUUGUAGACAGUGGCACCACCAACCUUCGUUUGCCCAAGAAAGUGUUUGAAGCUGCAGUCAAAUCCAUCAAGGCAGCCUCCUCAACGGAGAAGUUCCCCGAUGGUUUCUGGCUAGGAGAGCAGCUCGUGUGUUGGCAAGCAGGCACCACCCCUUGGAACAUUUUCCCAGUCAUCUCACUCUACCUAAUGGGUGAGGUUACCAAUCAGUCCUUCCGCAUCACCAUCCUUCCACAGCAAUACCUGCGGCCAGUGGAAGAUGUGGCUACAUCCCAAGAUGACUGUUACAAGUUUGCCAUCUCACAGUCUUCCACGGGCACUGUUAUGGGAGCUGUUAUCAUGGAGGGCUUCUAUGUUGUCUUUGAUCGGGCCCGAAAACGAAUUGGCUUUGCUGUCAGCGCUUGCCAUGUGCACGAUGAGUUCAGGACGGCAGCGGUGGAAGGCCCUUUUGUCACCCCGGACAUGGAAGACUGUGGCUACAAUAUUCCACAGACAGAUGAGUCAACCCUCAUGACCAUAGCCUAUGUCAUGGCUGCCAUCUGCGCCCUCUUCAUGCUGCCACUCUGCCUCAUGGUGUGUCAGUGGCGCUGCCUCCGCUGCCUGCGCCAGCAGCAUGAUGACUUUGCUGAUGACAUCUCCCUGCUGAAGUGAAGAGGCCCAUGGGCAGAAGAUAAGAGAUUCCCCUGGACCACACCUCCGUGGUUCACUUUGGUCACAAGUAGGAGACACAGAUGGCACCUGUGGCCAGAGCACCUCAGGACCCUCCCCACCCACCAAAUGCCUCUGCCUUGAUGGAGAAGAAAGGCUGGCAAGGUGGGUACCAGGGACUGUACCUAUAGGAAACAGAAAAGAGAAGAAAGAAGCACUCUGGUGGCGGGAAUACUCUUUGUCACCUCAAAUUUAAGUUGGGAAAUUCUGCUGCUUGAAACUUCAGCCCUGAACCUUUGUCCACCAUUCCUUUAAAUUCUCCAACCCAAAGUAUUCCUCUUUUCUUAGUUUCAGGAGUACUGGCAUCACACCCAGGCUACCUUGGCAUGUGUCCUUGUGGUACCCUGGCAGAGAAGAGACCAAUCUUGUUUCCUUGCUGGCCAAAGUCAGUAGGACAGGAUGCACAGUUUGCUGUUUGCUUUAGAGACAGGGACUAUAUAAACAAGCCUAACAUUGGUGCAAAGAUUGCCUCUUGAAUUAAAAAAAAACUAGACUGAAUAUUUAUACAAAUGGGGGCGGAUGGAAAGAGAAGGAGAGGGAGCACAAAGACAGGGAAUAGUGGGAUCAAAGCUAGGAAAGGCAGAAACACAACCACUCACCAGUCCGUUUUAGACCUCAUCUCCAAGAUAGAUAGCAUCCCAUCUCAUAAGAUGGGUGUUGUUUUCAAUGUUUUAUUUUUUGUGGUUGCAGCCUGACCAAAACUGAGAUGGGAAGGGCUUAUCUAGCCAAAGAGCUCUUUUUAGCUCUCUUAAGUGAAGUGCCCACUAAGAAGUUCCACUUAACACAUGAAUUUCUACCAUAUUCGUUUCACUUGUCUCUACCUGAACCCUUUAUUCUACAUAUGAUAGGAAGCACUGAAAUAUCCUAACCCCCUAAGCUCCAGGUGCCCUAGGGGAGAGCAACUGGAAUAUAGCAGGGCUGGGCUCUGUCUUCCUGGUCACAAGUUCACUCUUUCCCCCAAAUCUUCCUCUAGAGCUUUGCAGACGAGGUGCUAAAAGGAAUAGGUAAGAGACCUCUUCUACCUAAUCCUUAAAAGCAUAAUGUUGAAGAUUCAUUCAACAGCUGUUGCCCUAUAAUUCCUGCCUCGAUUUUUUCCUAUUACGCUGUAAGAAGUGGCAAGAUCUGUACAUAAUACAGAGUGGUUUCAUUGCCUUCCUACCCUCUUUAAUGGCCCCUCCAUUUAUUUGACUAAAGCAUCACACAGUGGCACUAGUAUUAUACCAAGAGUAUGAGAAGUACAGUGCUUUCUGGCUCUAACAUCAUUGCCUUCAGUAUCAAGGCUGCCUGGAGAAAGGAUGGCAGCCUCAGGACUUCCUUAUGUCCUUUACCACAAGAGCUCCUUGAUGAAGGCCAUCUUUUUCUCCUAUCCUGCUCUCCCCUCCCCACUUCUAACGGUACGUGGGUACCCAGGCUGGUUCUUGGGCUAGGUAGUGGGGACCAAGUUCAUUACCUCCUUAUCAGUUCUAGCAUAGUAAACUAAAAUACCAAGUGUUAGUGGGAAGAGUGGGGCUUUCCUGGUAUACCCACUGCAUCCUACUCCUAUCUGGUCAACAUGCUGCUUCCAGGUAUGGGACCUGCCAAGUGUAGAAUUACCUGAUAAGGGAGAGGGAAAUACAAGGAGGGCCUCUAGAGUUCCUGGCCUCAGCCAGCUGCCCGCAAGCCAUAAACCAAUAAAACAAGAAUACUGAGUCAGUUUUUUACCUGGGUUCUCUUCAUUCCCACUGCACUUGGUGCUGCUUUGGCUGACUGGGAACACCCCAUAACUACAGAGCCUGACAGGAAGACUGGAGACUGUCCGCUUCUAGCUUGGAACUUCCUCUGUAAAUAAAUUUCCAGAACUGCUACCAUGAAGUGAAAUGCCACAUUCUGCUUUAUAAUUUCUACCUACGUUGGGAAAAACUGGCUUUUUCCCAGCCCUUUGCAGGGCAUAAAACUUAACCCCUUCAAUAGCAAGUCCCAUCAGCCUAUUAUUUUUUAAAGAAAACUUGCACUUUGUUUUCUUUUUACAGUUAUUUCCUUCCUACCCCAAAACUCUAAGUGUAAAAAAAAAAAAAAGUCUUACCAACAGCUUCUUGCUUUUAAAAAUAUGUAUUAUACACCUCUAUUUUUAAACUCUACUUCUGAAAAAUGACCGUCCCGUUCUCCACUCACUGUGUUUGCGGCCUUUCCCAUUGGUCUGCAUGGGUUUUAUUAUUGCAGGCCAGUGGACAGAGGGAGAAGGGAGAACAGGGGUGGCCAACACUUAUAUUGCUUUCUGACUGAUCUUGAACAAGAAAAAGAGUAACACUGAGAUCCUUGCUCCCAUGUGCAACUCUCAAAAAUACUUAUCCUCUUGCUAGAGUGGGCUUUCCAGGGCAUUUAAGGGGAAGCAGUUUAGCCCCUCCCCACCCCUUCCUUUUGUCUCUUUUUACUCCUUUGGCUUCAAAGGUUUUUGGAAAAUAAAAAAUAUGCUUUACACUUAUUUCUAAUUUCUAAAUUUUCAGGGGAUACUGAAAAAUACGGCAGGUGGCCCAAGGCUGCUGUAAAGUUGAGGGGAGAGGAAAUCUUAAGAUUACAAGAUAAAAGUCCAGGCGUGGUGGCUCACACCUGUAAUCCCAGCACUUUGGGAAGCUGAAGUGGGUGGAUCACGUGAGGUCAGGAGUUUGAGACCAGCCUGACCAACAUGGAGAAACCCCAUCUCUAAUAAAAAAAAAAAAAAAAGAUUACAAGAUAAAAAAUGAAUCCCCUAAACGAAAAGAACAAUGGAACUGGUCUUCCAUUUUGCCACCUGUUCAUGACAGCUACUAACCUGGAGGCAGUAACGUUUCAUUAACCAAAGAAAGUGGGUCACCUGACCUCUGAAGAGUUGAGUACUCGGGCCACUCCAAUCACCCUACAAGAUGCCAAGGAGGUCCCAGGAAGUCCAGCUCCUUAAACUGAUGCUAGUCAAUAAACCUGGUCAAGUGAAGCAAGAGAAUUGAGAAAGAAUCCAUCUGUGAGCAGACAGGCAAGGAUGAAAGACGAAGGAAAACAGUAUCAAAAGCAGAGAGAUCAUUUAGUUGGGUCUGAAAGGAAAAGUCUUUGCUACCCCGACAUAUAUUGCCAGUAGGUCCCAGAAUGGGGAAAAAAAAAAAAUUCAGCUGUUAGUAAUAUAAUAAUGUCCUUUCCCUGGAGCCAGUUAUUAAAAAAAAAAAAAAAAAAACUCUUAGUUUUUACUUGUUUAAUUCUAAAAGAGAAGGGAGCUGAGGCCAUUCCCUGUAGGAGUAAAGAUAAAAGGACAAGAAAAGAUUCAAAGCUCUAAUAGAGUCACAGCUUUCCCAGGUGUAAAACCUAAAAUUAAGAAGUACAAUAAGCAGAGGUGGAAAAUUAUCUAAUUCCUGAUAGCUUCCUACAGAGCAAGUGAUUUAUAAACUUGAAAUCCAAACCACUUUCUUAAUAUCACUUUGGUCUCCAUUUUUCCCAGGACAGGAAAUAUGUAUCCCAUAACUUUCUUGCUUCAAAAAUUAAAAUCCAGCAUCCCAAGAUCAUUCCAUAAGUAAUUCUGCACAGAAUCUCCUCACCCCAGUGCCUGUCUGGAGCUCACCCAAGGUCACCAAACAACUUGGUUGUGAACCAACUGCCUUAACCUUUGGGGGGAGGGAGUUAGCUAGACAAGGAGACCAGAAGUGAAUGGGAAAGGGUUAGGACUCCACAAUGUUGGCCUGUCAGAGCCUGAUUAGAAGCCAAGCCAGGGGCAGCAAAGGCAGGCUUGGCCCAGGAAAAACCUGUGGGUCAUGCUAAUUUCUAUCCAGAAAAUAGGGUGGACAGAAGCUUCUGGGGUGCAUGAAGGGAUUGGGACCUGGUUAUGUUGUUAUUCUCGGACUGUGAAUUUUGGUGAUGUAAAACAGAAUAUUCUGUAAACCUAAUGUCUGUAUAAAUAAUGAGUGUUAACAUAGUAAAAUAUUCGAUAAGAAGUCAAA